UCAGAUUUUUUUGUAUUCGUGAUAAACAGAAAUUUUUAACAAAAAGUUUAGUGUUUUUGUGAACAAAAUAAACCAUAAACUAAUAAAUACAUUUCAUUUAAUUAAACAUAGAAUAAAACAACUCUUUGAACUUCCUUUAUUUUGUUUUACAUAACACUUUGUUCAUUUAUUAUUGAAAGUACAACCAUGGAGGUUUUAUUGAUUAUUCGACUUCCAGCAGUUAUCCCGGUUUUCGGGUAAAUUCCACAUUAAACAGAAUGGAUACCGAUGAUGUUGAAUCAACUUCAAGCAGUGCAAUGUCAAAAAUAGGAGCUCUUUUUACUUUCACUUCCCCAGCUGUAAAGAAAUUGCUCGGUUGGAAACAGGGCGAUGAAGAGGAGAAAUGGGCCGAAAAAGCAGUCGACAGUUUGGUGAAAAAGUUAAAAAAACGACAAGGAGCCAUAGAGGAAUUAGAAAGGGCAUUAUCAUGUCCAGGACAGCCAUCCAAAUGUGUGACUAUACCUAGAUCAUUAGAUGGAAGACUACAGGUUUCACAUCGCAAAGGCCUGCCACAUGUCAUUUAUUGUCGUGUCUGGCGUUGGCCUGAUCUACAGUCACAUCAUGAACUCAAACCCUUAGAGAUAUGUCAAUAUCCCUUUAGUGCUAAACAAAAAGAAGUGUGUAUUAAUCCUUACCAUUAUAAACGUGUUGAGAGUCCCGUAUUACCGCCCGUAUUAGUACCGCGUCACUCGGAAUUCGCACCGGGCCAUUCAAUGUUACAGUUCAACAAUAUCGGCGAAUCGACAAUGCCACACAAUGUCAGCUAUUCAACGGCCGGUUUUAACAAUCAUCUCAGUCCCAAUAGCCCGCCUAUGACAUCGGUUGGCAGUCCUAGCUCUGCUAAUUCCAAUCCCAAUUCACCAUACAGUAGCAUGGCCGAGACGCCACCCCCGGCCUACAGUCCUUCAGAGGAUGGCAAUUCAAAUAAUCCCAAUGAUGGUUCACAAAUGUUAGACGCUCCGAUGGGCGAUGUUGCCCAGGUUAGUUAUCAAGAACCAGCAUUUUGGGCUUCGAUUGCCUACUAUGAGUUGAAUUGUCGUGUGGGUGAAGUGUUUCAUUGCAAUAAUAGUUCAGUAAUUGUUGAUGGUUUUACAAAUCCUUCUAAUAAUUCAGAUCGUUGCUGUUUGGGACAGUUGAGUAACGUUAAUCGUAACAGUACAAUCGAGAACACCAGACGUCAUAUAGGAAAAGGUGUUCAUCUCUAUUAUGUUACCGGCGAAGUUUAUGCUGAAUGCCUCUCCGAUUCAGCCAUCUUUGUGCAAUCACGCAAUUGUAAUUAUCAUCACGGCUUCCAUCCUAGCACUGUGUGCAAAAUACCACCUGGUUGUUCAUUGAAAAUUUUCAAUAAUCAAGAAUUUGCUCAACUACUAUCACAAUCCGUUAAUAAUGGCUUCGAGGCCGUUUAUGAACUAACAAAAAUGUGUACAAUACGCAUGUCAUUUGUCAAAGGCUGGGGUGCUGAAUAUCAUCGGCAGGACGUGACCUCAACGCCGUGCUGGAUAGAAAUCCAUUUACAUGGUCCAUUGCAAUGGUUAGAUAAAGUUCUUAUACAAAUGGGUUCACCACACAAUGCAAUUAGUUCGGUGUCGUAAAAUUGUUGAAUACGCGGAGACAGGAAUAACGACAAGAAAGCAUCAAAACAACAACAUGAAAAUGGGAAGCAUCUGCGCAAAAGACAGCGGAUGAUGAAUUUUCAUAUAAUUUUAAGAAAAAUCUAUAUAGCGUUAAGUUAAAACAAUUUAAUUAAUUAUAAAAUGAAACAAAACAAAAAUAUAUUGAGAUAGACGAUGAUUUAGGAUGAUGAUAAUGAGGAAGAAGAUUGAAAAGCAGUUUAAAAGACCACCUUUUUUGUUUGAUUAUUUUUUUUUUAUAUUUUGAUUAUAAUUUCCUUUCAAAACAACAAAAAAGUAAUACCAAAAACAUAUUCGGUCAAAUCAUAACAACAUAUUUAUGAUGUUGCUCAUACAAAUCAUUGUAUGCUAUAAAUUUAAUGUAUGCAAUCAAGAAACUGGUUUAAUAAGUAUUUUUCGGUAGUUUGUCCUUGAAAUAUUUUCGGUGACAUUGUUUUUUAUUGUUUAAAAAUUGUUUAAUUGAUGCAAAUUUGCUUUAUUAAUUAAUUUCUGCCUGUGAUGGUAUUACUUUCUUUUUCAUUUUAUUUUUAAAACCAGCCUUAUUUGUGAUUUUUUUUUUAUUAUUUUAUGUGUUGUCUCUGAUUCUACUUUUAUAUUUUGUAUUAAGAAUAAUGAAUAUCUUUAGAUUGUUUAUGUGUUUAAAAUAUCCGUUAAUUUUUUUUUAAAUAAAAUUUAAAAUUUGAUUUUAAGAAAAUAAAACAAACAAUAUGAAACAAAAUAUAAAA